UGCUAGUCGUGAGUGAUGCCGAUCCCUGGCAGAUGAUCGUAUGCUUGCGUGACAAUAGCCACUUCUGAGAUAUCAUAUUCAUUUAUUUUAUUUACUUGUGUGCAGUAAUCUGCUUCGUAUUCGUUUUGCAAACUUUUUUCAAUCUAUUUAAGGCGAAAAAGUAAUGGCCAACAAAAAUAUUUGGAUUCGCCUUGUAUUACUUCCAUUGCUCAUCUUCCUUGCUUAUGCGGCGCACCUAAUUAAGGUGUUCUUCUUCUGUGUUUUGGAACUUUUCUGGAAAAGCCCGCUAGCAUCGGUGGUGAGAACACCUGACAGCAGAUUUGACAAUGCGGCCAAGUUGGGCUACACCUUCAAACCAAACUACGUAGAACUCCCAAUCGGUGGAGGCAAAACCCUUCCUCGAGUGCAUUAUGUUGAUGAAGGUCCCCGAGAUGCAAAAGAGACAAUUUUGUGUCUACACGGAGAACCAAGCUGGUCUUUCUUGUACCGCCACGUCAUCAACACCCUGACGAAGGCCGGCUUCAGGGUCAUUGCACCAGAUUUUAUUGGCUUCGGCAAGUCUGAUAAAUUCACUCACCCCGAGGCUUACUCGCACGAACUUCACACGAUGACACUGCGGCUUCUGCUAGAUCACCUC